GCCUGCUGACCCCCGCAAUCACACACUCAUCGCCAUCAAGCUCCGCGGGAGCCUAGGGCUCAUCGCGGGAGCUGAGGGCUCAUCACUCAAUGCUCGACCGCGCUGACACGUCUGCGGCACCCGUCCAAUAUCGGCACGCUACAGCCUUGGUGCAGCGUGACGCCGAGCGCAGGGCGGCAGUCGCAGAAGCGGCGCACAUGGUCCGCCAGUCCAAAUGGUCGGAUCGCAGCGAGGUGCAGGAAUUUGUGGCGGUGAAGCAAGGCAACGCGCUGCGAGGCUCGUACAUGCGCAUCAUCGAGAUUGGGCCGAGAGGAAUUUGCACGCUCGACCCGAGCACGCGGCGCCUCACAAACCGCUGGCCCCUCACGCGCGUCGUUCGCGUGACGGCCGACGAUCAGUGUGGCGUCGAUCUCCUGCUGAGCGAGCCUGUCGGUGGUCUCUUCUGCCUGCCGCUCGCGGUCGAGCGGCGCGUGAGCUUCGCGUUAGCCACACCGGGCGAGAGCGCCCAGCUGCUCGAAACCAUUCGUGCGCAGCGAGUCGUCGUCCAGGCGCUGCAGUGCUUCGAGCAGCGCUCGCUGAUCCGCGAAUCGCCCGACGAGGAGCGUGAGCAGCACAAGCCCCUUCAUGUCUCCGCCGUCCAGGGUGAGAGGCAGGCGGGGCGCGCCUCUGGGUUGCCGCCCAAGUUCUCGAGCACCUCGGCGUGCGCGAUCACCGGGUCGCCGCUCGAGACGGAGGGCCCCGGUGAGCUCGUCGCCGUGUUGCAGGCAUGGACAGCUGUGGCCGCGCCGAGCGAGGAUGGCCGCGACCGUGGCAGCGGCGCCGUAGACGGAGGGCAGGGCACGUUUGCCCGCUCGUAA